AAAUUAUUUAUUGUUUAGCUGUUGAACGGAACGGAACGAAAACGUCGCGAAGCCGCGGAAAAUUACUCACUCCAGCGGGAAGUCGAACUGUGUGUGUCUGUCACCUGUGUUUAGUGGAACGUCUCGGACUGCCAGGCGAUAAGAAAUGCACUGGUGGAAAAUGAAAGUGAAAUUAUCGGUUCAUGUGCGGUAGUAUGAUUAGAACGAUGAAAAGUGCACUCGUUCCGCCCUACGAAGAGUUUGGAUGAAAAACAUAAAAAACUGGUGUGAAUUGGCUGGGAGCGAACGAGUAUUACAAGUUAGGCACUCUAGCUGCAAAGUGCAAACCCGAUAGAUUUCCAUUUAGAGUAUUAUAUUUUCUGUUUGAGUUGUUUAAAAUUAGUAACCAUUAAGCGAGUAAAUAUGGUUAAACCAGCUGCCAGGAUAGUGAUUAAAUUUCUCGAAUUACUAGGUUGUGUUGCAUGUGUUAUCGCCAAAAUAAUCACCGAUCACGAGGCACGUCGAGUGUUCGUGAGAAAUCAAAAGCUAUCAAGAGAAUGGAGUCUGAUACACAACAUAACCUGGAGUACCGGGGGCAACGCAUUUACCAAUAUUGUCUACGGCGGCUACACGAUAGUCAUCGCACUCAUGCUAAUUACAAGAUGUGUAGACGCCAAAUCAAGACCGAACCUCUUCGAAAAAAUAGUUCUCUCCCUGGGCACGCUAUUGUUCUUCGCCGCUGGCGGCCUAGUUUUCGCGUCGAUAGAUCAAGUCCAUCCGGACCUCCAUGACAACGCAAUCAUUUUGGGUUGUUUAUCGUUCCUGGUAGCGAUACUGUUCAUAAUCGAUUUGGCUGAUCCGUUGGCCCGCAUGUCCGCACACACGACACAAACCGACACAUCCUCAAUGACGGGAGUAUCUCGAGGUACGGAAGUCGAGAAAGACUCCCUGAAAAAAGACGUAUCUACUGAUACUGAAUCGCCGGUCUAUUUUAUAUCGAAAGAUCGGUACCGUGAUAUGAACGGGCCUGACAGAGUAAAAUAUUAUGACGGAAAUGGGCAUCAUGCUCAAAAUUACAACGAACGCAUCGAACCGGUGCGGCAAAGUUACCGAGAACGGCCAGAACAUCGGCGGUACAGCUAUUUGGAGAGAGACGAACCGGAAAGCCGUAGUAUCGAGUCCAUCGUCGAGCGCAAGAUACUCCCAUCGGUUCAGACUCCGGUGUUCGCUCAUGUGCGAGCCCCCGAAGAGAGUCGUCGGAUUGCCGGUAAGGAAAUUCAGUACCUUCCUCGGUACGACUUCCGGGACCGACGGGAAUAUCGCGACGCUGGACCGUACUCCAGUAGACAGCAAUUACAUUCUACACAAUCAUCACCGAAAGAGCCGUCCUAUCACGACAAUGAAUCUUUCGUGGAUGAAAUUUCCCCCUCGAGGAGAAGCACCUACGUACCAGCGGAUAAAUAUGACACGGAAGUGGUUCAGGUUACCAGCCGGCCAAGACCACCACCGCCAGCGAAACCAUCAUCAGCUGCUGCACAAGAAUCCGGCUCGGGAUCUAGUUGCAGUUGCCGUUGUUCCCAGCGGAGCUCGCCACCGAAGCGAAAUGGGUAUCAGCAGCAGCAACAACCGCGACAACAGCAACAACCACAUCAGCAUCCAAAGCAGCAGCAGCAGCAGUUACAACCCCAGUCUCAGCCACAGCCACAGCCUCAACCGCAACCGCAGCCGCAAGCACAGCCUCAACAGCAGCGACAAGCUCAAGAUGAACCCGACAUUCCGAUCAAACGCGGCUAUGUGGCCAACGCGGCCCGCAAGUGGGACGACCGAGUGAGAAGCAAAAGUCAGCCAAUCAUUGGACUGAAUACUAUGGUUUAGUUGAUCUAGAGUGUAGAUUUUUUUUUCAGGUUUUUAUCCGUACCUAGAGUUGAGUUUUAA